UGUGCUCACCGAGCCUCCAGAGCCGUGGCUGCUCAGAGGGGGGCCCUGACCCUUGGCCUCAGAGUAUUAUGAGUUUGCUGAAACUCAGGGAGAAAGAGCCAGCCCUUGGACUUACUGCCUUCUUAUUUCAUAUCAGAGGCAGCCUAACUGGAACAAAGAGGCUCAUAGCUGUUUGCUUGUGUUUCUACCAGUUUGGUAUCAUACAUGGCUUCAGAUGGCAAUGUUCUUCAGGUUCCCUUGCGGCAGAAGCCCACAAAGAAAACUCAAGGCGUUUUCAUGAUGAGUCGGAGGAGGAUAUCGUGCAAAGACCUGGGGCACGCCGACUGCCAAGGCUGGCUAUAUAAGAAAAAGGAAAAAGGAACUUUCCUAGGCAACAAAUGGAAAAAGUUCUGGGUUGUACUGAAGGCAUCGUCGCUAUACUGGUACAGCAAUCAAUUGGCAGAAAAAGCUGAUGGAUUUGUCAAACUGUCUGAUUUCACUGUGGAGAGAGCAUCCGAAUGCAAAAAAAAGCAUGCUUUUAAGGUCAGCCACCCACAGAUCAAGACCUUUUAUUUCGCAGCUGAGAAUACGCAGGAAAUGAACAUGUGGUUAAACAAGCUUGGAUUAUCUGUAAUUCAUCAAGAAUCCACUACAAAGGAUGAAGAAUGCUACAGUGAGAGUGAACAGGACGAUGCUGAAAUAGCUGCGGAGUCAGCACCUUCUCUGUCUCUUCUGACGUCACAGAAGGCCUCUUCAUCCUUACCCUCACUCAGUGGACCAUCGUGCUCUUUCUCAUCCCUGGAAAAUACCAUAAAGACAACCAGCACCUCGUCCUGCACCUUAUCUAAGGGAAGACAGUCCUGGAUCGACACAACCAGUUCGUCUGCUGCUGAGGGUGCGGAGCCGCCCAUAGCACUUGCUGUGCAGUGUCACCCGCCUGCGCCCUCAGAGGCAAACAGUCACCAGGCCCCAGGGAACAGCUGCGCCGCAUCAGAAAGUGGGUUUCUGAACUCUUUAUCCAGUGACGACACGUCUUCAUUGAAUAGCAACCUAGACCACCUUACCGUCCCAGACAAGCCUACUGGAUCAAAGAUGAUGAACAGAGCAGAAGAAACGAAAGCGCCCGAAGACGAUGAAAUGGAGAAGCUCUACAAAUCGUUAGAGCAAGCCAGCCUGUCUCCGCUUGGGGACCGACGGCCUUCGACCAGAAAGGAGUUGAGGAAGUCCUUCGUGAAGCGGUGCAAGAACCCAUCCAUAAACGAGAAGCUCCACAAAAUCCGGACCUUGAACAGCACAUUGAAGUGUAAAGAACACGACCUGGCCAUGAUUAACCAGCUGCUGGACGAUCCGAAGCUGACAGCCAGAAAAUACAGGGAGUGGAAGGUCAUGAAUACCAUGCUGAUUCAGGACAUCUAUCAGCAGCAGGACCCUGCAUCGGCCCCUGAAGACAACCCUCAGGGGCUCGGGAGACCGCCUUCCUCGGCCUCUGUUGAAAAUUCUAUUUGAGAACAAGCCAGAAUUCUCUCCCCUUCUUCCCCCAAGCAACUCUUCAAGAUGUUGCCAGAGCUCCAUUUUCCCUUAAACGGAAAGCCAAGACUAGUUCCUCAAGCAUCAGCUCCCUGGAAAGAUGCCGUCUGAGUGAGGACCAAUAGCAGCAGGACCCCUUCCGGGUGUGGCGUUCCCAUGGAGAUGGGAGUGAUGGAGUCCAGCUGAGUGGUCCUGUGUUCCUGCCUGGAGCUCACAGCCAUGCCGGGCUCUCGUUGGGAUUUGGGAACUCUAUCUUCUGUUCCUUGCUCUCGAGAAAAUUACAACAUUAUUGGACUAAAGAUCACAUUUUAGUAGGGACAGUAAUUCAUAGAAAUACUUGGUUCUCCAAGAGGAGAAGCACCUAUUCUACCUGGUUGGGUAGCUGAGUCCUCCAAAUCAUUUUGUCGGGUGAAGGAACGGUUUCUAUGGCAGCCGCUGGAACAGGGCAGAUGUUUCUGUGGCAGUCCCCUGCCCGUGGUCCAGGCGGUUGUACCUUUCCCACGAGUGGGGUCUGGGAGAGCCCAAGAAGGAGGUGUGUGUUCCGUAUUCAGCCCCCUCGCUCAAAGGACAGCUUGGUGGUUUCACAGUUCACUCCGCCGGGGGGAGGGUGGGAUCUGGUUCUACUUCCUUCCCACAGGGCAGCUAAAGAAAACGUCUCCCUGCACUCGGAGGCCUCCACUGGCUCCCAGCUUUGCCGAACCACCACCGCGGGAGCCAGUAACAGGUCCAGCGGGGAACGUUCGCUGCGUUGGCCCUUGGCCGUGGUGCCUGCGCACAGUGUAAAUUUAUACCUGGUUCCCUGGGUUCCCUCAUCUUGGUGAGAUGAUUCUAUUAACUGAAUUGUUUAAAUAUCUUUACUCCCCACCCCCCC